AUGAACCAUUGGUUCGAGAGGCUGGAUCUGCGGGAUCUGAACGCGGGCGGCUCAUUUGAGCUCCAGCGCAUCCGAGAUCCGUGGCUGACAAAGCGACUGAAAUGGAUAUCCCUCUCAACGUGGACUCUUGUGCAGAUACUCACGGAGGAGUGCUAUCGCUCGGAAACACUCAGGAACGCGGCUAAAACGAACCUGGCGGGCCACACAUUUCUAUCCGGAUGUAGGUCUAAUCGUGCUCGAUUUGUGGUCUGGAGAUAG